UACUACUUUCCACAGUCAUCACCAUAAGUUUCUGAUCUCUGGACUCCUCCGUCACCAACAUCACUCGUUCGAAUCUCGCAUCCCACAUUCCCACGGGGAAUUUCAACGUCCUUUGUUGGGGUUUCCAGGGCCGUCGCAAGUGCAUCAGCAGACCACCACCUUCGUCGCGUAGCAGCCUGCGCAGCCAUUACACAUCUCACACAUUGACUACACCUCACCUCUGACGGGCUCCGGGGGCCGCACCGUCACCCUCACCUUGACCCUCAUCCUCUCCUUCACCUUCGCAUCAUGUCAUACUACAACCAACCAUACGGCCAAGGAGCUGCAGGCGGCAGCGGCGCCGCCAACCUUCAAUUCUACCCCUCGUCAUACACAAACGUGUCUGGCCACACCACACCAUCACAAGCCUCCUACGGUGGCUAUGGAGGAAGCAGCAGCGCGUCAGCAUACCCUGGGUACGGAGCAGGAGGAUCAGCGGCCUUUGGUGGUCCUGCUGGCGUCAGUGGGCGAAUGGGCGACUCUGGCGGUUUAAGAACAGGUUGGCUUGCUGCCUUUGGCACAGAGGGCUAUGAUGGUGAACCUGGAUUGAUGGAAGAGCUGGGCUUUAACUUUGGACACAUCAAGACAAAGACCGUUGCAGUACUCAAUCCUUGGACGAAACCCUCACCUCAUAUCAUGGACGACAGCGAUCUCUACGGCGGAUUGCUCUUCCUCGUACUAUACGGCACAUUUCUAGCCUUGUCCGGCAAGUUCUUCUACGGCUAUAUCUAUGGCAUCGCACUUUUCGGAUCUGUCGCUCUCCACUGGAUGUUUGCACUCAUGACACCACCACUGGAUCCCAAUGAAACAGAUCCAAUCUCUCAAGCCCCGCCUGACCAUACGAAUCCUCAUCAGACACGGACAGGCGGUCAUUUCUCUAGUACCUUGACCUACUCGAGGAGUGCCAGUGUGUUGGGAUAUUGUUUCCUGCCUUUGGUCUUUACGGCUUUGUUCGGCGUGGCUUUGCCCAUGGACACAGCUGUAGGAUAUGCUACCACGGCAGCGGCCGUUGGGUGGUGUACCUUCUCCAGCUCUGGCAUGUUUGUCAGUGUUGGUAGGAUGAAGGGCAUGCGUGGCUUGGUGGCCUAUCCUUUGGCAUUGUUCUACGUUGGCUUUGGCAUCAUGGGCAUCUUUUCUUCCAGAGGGAGCGGCGCUCUAGCGGGCAAGGUCUUGUGAUGAUCAUGUGACCAGAAAGGCAAACGAAAAUGAACCGUUUUUGUCAACCCCGUUUCAGCCUCGUCGUCUGGCUUGAAGCUGAACGACCACCACCAGGGGUCUGACCAGAACCCAGAUUCUGUGUGGUAUGGCAUGCGAUUGCAGAUGAGAUGCAGGGACUCAAUCUCGCUCGCUGGUCAGGCUAUUUUUGGUCUUGCCACAGAUUACACCUGGACUUCUCCCUUGCGUUAUAAAGCAGGAUGAUCCACCUACCCUCGAUGUGUAUCUCCUCAGGCACGCGAGGAUGAUCCUCUAACUGCCCCUGCGCUUCGAGGUGGGAUCGUCCUAUGCAGGUGCAACCAAGGUUGGGAACAGAUCCAUUGAAAUCGUAGGGACAAUGCAAGGCUGACUAUGACCGGUGUCUAAACCUGCAACGGACUUACCAUCUACUAUACAAAAGAUAGAUAGUUAUCCAAGAUGACGAUUGCAAAGAUUGAAAAGACAUUUUCAGUUCCCCAAUACCUGCAUGUCUGAGUCAUGGAAGAUAAAUUACCGGGAAUUGUUUAUGGAGCUUUUUACAUAUGUAUGGGAUAGC